ACAACUUUAUGGUUGGGAAUGGAAGAAGAUGAGUACUUCCCUGACCAAUGGUACUGGGUUGACAAGCACCUGUCCGAGCCUGUCACAAUGGACGAAUACCCCUGGCUUGGGUACAGUUCAACUGUAGGCCAGAAUGCUGUUUUCAGCCCAAACGGUACUUUCAUCCGGGCACUUUCGACAUCCCACCAUCAACUGUUUUGUGAGAUUGACGCUUUUGAAGACAGACUUGGCCCGUUCCUCUGUAAAAGCUUCAUCGGGGGACCAGUCCCGGUGUACAGGCCCACUACGAGAAGCUGCUACUACCCCUUUGAAGGCGUGGAGACCUUCACCUCUGCCAGAUCCCGAUGUGAGACGUCAGGAACACACCUCAUGCAUGCUGACACUCAUCAGGAACUUGAACUCCUCUUCGAUAAGCUUCAAGUGGGCAACGGCAGCAGCAACUUCUGGUUGGGCUUGAAAAGAGAAGCAGACGGGUCCUGGAACUGGAUCAGUAGUAAAGCUCCCAUACCCGUGAAUUCUCCAGUAGUAACUGACUUCUGUGAAAUUACAUUGUGUCCGGAGAUGGAUUUGGCUUACGCCCUGCAGGACGGAGCAGAGUUGGUCCAGAUUGAUAGCACGCACCAGAGCCAGACAUUGUGUGAAGAGGAACUGUCUGAAGCCUUCGUUGUACAGUCUCUAUGUACCCGUCACCACGGCAUCUCGACUGCAAUCCUCGACUUUGACGGCAGACGCUGCUACUACGUCCUUAACAACCAGAUGACGUUGGAUUCCGCCACAACAGCCUGUGACGAUGAAGAGACACAUCUACCUCAUAUUGACAAUAUACUCGAGGAGCUCUGGCUGCGUGCAGAACUUCAAGCACGUUUCCUGAGCACGGAGGUGUGGCUGGGCUUGAAAAGGACGUCGACAACUGAGUGGUCAUGGUUCACUCCAUCGUGGAAUAUCCUCGCGAACACACUCGCCUUCAGCAGCCAUGACACAGAGGGACCCGGAUUUGCCACUCUUGCAGCUACCUCUGGAUGGAUGCAAACAGAUCCGGCACGAGUACAACCUGUUGUAUGCGAACAAAAGCUUGACAUCAGUGUGGUAACCGUACAAACACCCACGACAACAAUAGAUCCACUAGAAGGACCAGCUGUAUACUCUGACUUCAAGCGGUAUAGCGGCUCCGAGGCCUUUGAGUGGAUUCAAACCCGGAACGUUACAUCCAGGCUAGACUGUGCCAGGAAAUGCAACAUGCUGACCAACUGUGUUAUGUUCAAAGUAUUGGCGGAGAAUACCAGCAUGACGUGUUCGAUGAUGGCGUUGUCGUCGACGGGGUCUGUGUCAGACUGCUCUAGUCCUACUCGCUGUUACAGGAAGCACUCAAGUGAGCUGCUGUAGCUCAUCAAUAAGGAGUGUGUCGAAAUGGUCCAGACCUCUGGGCCUUCUCGUUGCUACAGGAAUCAAUGUGUCGAAAUGAUUUAC